AGUCGUAGUAGUGCGAGGCCUUGAUGUAACCAGUUCGUCCUUGCCCUUUCCUUACUUAUUCCUUUUUUCUGUUACGUGUCAAACAAUCAGGAGGUUUGACGAAUGAUUUUGAUUUCACUCAGUCGACUACAGCCCUGAUUUUCUUCAAGAAAACGGACACAGACAGUGGCAACUGAUCAAAGAUCGUUGGGUGAUAACUUCACACUAAUAUCAGAAGAGAUUCCUGUAAUUAAAACAUGGCAAGAUGUCUGUCUCCAUACUUUGCAAUUGCGUUCCUUUUCGGGGCAUUUGUGAACUAUUUCAUGGCCUUAGAUCUUGGAUUCUUUGCACCAGUAGAUGUUCUGGAAGAGAGACACGUGAGAGAUGUGAACCCAGGCACUGACCGGAUGAAAGCGACAAUGAAUGUGACUUUGAUCAAACCCACCUUGAAAUCUAAAAAGUCUAGUUGGACGGGUCCAAGAUACGGCCAAACUGUGAAAGGAAUGAAACACGUAAUAAUAAUGAAUGAUAUACCCCGCACUGCCGGUCGAUUGCUGUAUAAAGCUGCCCUUGGUGCAUUUGAAUAUAACUGGACAACCGUGGCUGAUCAUCUCAUACAGAUUGAAAAACAAAAGAAAAAUAUCGAAGAAGUUGAGAAGUUGAAACCACCGACUCUAGUGCAUGGGCACACGAGUUUUCACCCUUACACCGAUGUUUGGGAAAAUCCACCGAUCUACAUCAACUUCGUGCGGGAGCCAGUGGCUCGUAUGGAAUCGAGUUUUUACUAUGAAAGAUUCGGCGAUUAUGCUCAAGAUCCAUCCAUUCACCAUAACGACAACAUGACUCUCGAAAAGUGUGUAAAGAAAGGUUUGGUCUGGUGCGGUCCGUGGUGGAAUUGGCACAUACUUUUCUGUGGUUACGACUCAAAAUGCGAGACGGAUCACGAAUGGUCCCUCGAAAAGGCCAAGGAAAACAUUGACAAGUACUACACUUUCGUCGGAAUAACUGAGGAAUUUGAGACUUCUCUUCAAAUUAUUGAACUACUUGUGCCGGAUUUAUUGGGUGGACUGUUCAAAGCUUACAAAGACUUGAAUGACGUUGGCAUUAAUUGGAAUGAUUUAUUUCGGACGAGGAACAAGAAAAGGCUGUCUCAUCGACUGGAGAAUAAAGCUCGUGAAAUCAUGAAAGACGAUGUCGAACUAUACGAUUAUGCCUACGAUAAAUUCAAUCAGCUCAAGGUUAGAUUUGGACUGGAAUAAACUUGACACCCAACUGGAUUGAUGAGAAAGAUGAAUGCCAACAGUGUAUCGACCAGCCUAUGUGUAUCUUGACGAAAGCCAUAACCUAAUAUGCAAUUCUUGAUGACUUUGACAAAUGUGCCGCUUAAAACAUGAUUUUUUUCCCUCUUUUUUCGAUGAAGUUGGUGUAUUUCUUUUUAUAUUCUUGCUAUACCUGCAUAUAUAAUAUUUUAAAUUAUACAAUCAUUGUAUGUGAAGUACGAGUCAGAUAAGACUCAAAUUAUACAGUAACAGGUAUAUUUGAUUUUAGUUAUAUGUUCAAUUAUUUUAUAGUUUUAUAAUGCAUUAUUUUCAGGUGGUGUUGUAGCCCGGGUGUUGGAUAGAAUCUCUAAUAGCUUUCAUAUUAUCAAUAUGAAACGUUCAUUACGGGAAAAUCAUUUUUCAAUAAUAAUGAUUAUGAUUAGUGUUUCCAGAAUGUCACCAGAUUUUAAUUUCCUUCAUAUUCGAGAUCGUGAUAUGACAGAUAUGUGUCAUUCAUUUCCGUUUUUUAGAUAUCCGUUUCUUUCCUUUAUUAUCUACUACUUCAUUCGUUUUCUUUUCUUCCUUUUCUCGAAAUCCUUUAUCUUGAGUAUUCAUUCUUCUCGUCCUCUCCUGCUCGCUCCAUGGAGUGGCGUAUCUAGGCAUUAUGACUCUAGCAUCAAAUUAUUAAUGUUGGGAGAGAUACGGAGAGAAAAAGGACAGGUAAAAUAAUGAACUACUCAUAUAAUUUUCUGAAAUUUAUGUCAAAAUGUUAUAUUUUUGUAAUUAAAGGGUUUCAAUUUUUGCUCGUUCGCAAUUUUUUAGUUUGCCUUGUACGCCAUGUCUGGCUCCCUCAAUUUUGGGCCCAUUACGCCACUGCUUUUGCUUGAAUUCAACGGUAUAUUUUAAAGAUAUAUAUUAUUCAUAUAUCUCAAAUUUUUGCGUCAUUAAUUUUUUAAGUAAUUGAUUACUAUGGGGUACAGACAAACUUCCAAGAACUUUGUUUUAAUUUUCUUUUGAUUUUGAUUGUUUUUAUAUUAUAAUGGAAGAAUAUUGUAGGCAAACAAGUAAGUAUUUAUAUAAAAAAUAUCUUUUCGAUGUAACGUACUGAUGUUCUGAUCGAUGCUUCUGUGGUUGACUACACAAUAAACUAUCAGUAACCAAACAAAUUCAUCAUUCUGUGAACAUAAUUGUGAAUCUGUGAAAAGGAGAGAGAAUGGUCAAGAUUAGCUAGAGAUGGGGACUAAAUUCAACAAAACGUUUUUCCAUAGCAUGACCCCCACUUUUAUAUGACACCCCUUACCCCACUUGACACCUCUGUUUCCCUACUGUUUUUGUACAGGCAGUUUAUUUCAUUCUUUGUUUGGUUUCAUUAAUAAUAAAGGGAACAUGUAUAUAAUAGUGCAUAUGCAUGCAUCCCCUUGUUAGGUGCUCUACGCCCUCAUAUACCCCUGCUAAGCUAAGCUACUGAUUUUGGAGCUCACAGCUUUUGGAGGAAUUACUCCCUGCCGGUACCCAUUCACCUCUCCUGCAUUGACUGCCCCAUAUUUCUUGCUUACGGAAAUUACGCCAUGGUUGGGAUUUAUGAAUAUUACUAUUUAUAUAAAUGCAUUUUUUUUUCAUGAGACGUGUUUUCGAAUUCCAUUCGGUGACUGGACUUUAU